AUGAUCACACCUCGCACCGACACCUCACCCUCCACACCAACCUCCACGCAAGCCUGCCACCACCUCUCCGCCUCCUCUCUAAUAAUCUCCCGCACCGCCCUCAUCGUCCCUCUCACCCUCCUAAUAUUCACCACCCUCGCCUCCCUCCUCGCGCUCACCGCCCUCCUCUACCGCGAACACGCCCGGCAAAAGGCCCACAAAGCCGCUACCCAAUGGGGUCGAAAAUCACGCGUCGACGCACGGAUCUCCAUCAUGCGCAAACGGGUCGACGAGGAGUUCACCGCCAAAUACUCGGGGUGCUUGGUGAAUGUGUAUGAGAAUCCGGAGAUGGGGAGUGAUAGUCCGGUGGAGUUGAUGAUGCCGGAGAGGGUGUGGGAGGUGGAGGGUGGGGAUUGUCGGACGAGGGAGGUGGAGAGAAAGGGGAGAGUGAGGAGUUUGUUUUUUGAUCAUGGGGUUGGGUUGUGGAUGCAGAAGCUUAGCAGCAAUGGACACAAAUCCGUACAAGUCACCACAACAGAGAAGUUGGAUCGCAAUGCCGUACAAAAUUCGCUUCGAACAAUUCCCGACCGUGCCAACCCAUCAAUUCGCUCCCUCGCGGUCUUCCCGGCUCUUUGA